AUAUGCCGCAAGCGUGGAGAUUAGUGGGGCUGGCAAUGGCCCGAUCAGCUCUCCACGAGCUGUUAGGCUCCGUUUAAACUUUAUUUUUUUAUUUUUAACAGGGUCGGUACGAGCCGGAUAGAGCAUCCGGUCCCGGCCAGGACAGGCCAAGAAAGUUGCUUUAAGUGGGAGAUAAAACAAACAUGAAUGUGAAUAUGAAAGUCAUACACAUGGGACACUCAUGCUUAGUCACGUGAGUUUAACAGUUGGCGACAUGCACGUGCCUAAGAGCCCAAUUUCCCGUCUUCUUAAAUUUGGAAAUUCAUUCCCCCUCUUUAUCCCCAAUUUCAAUUUUAUUAGCGCCCAAAACCAAAAUUAGGAAGCCUUAUUUCCUAUUAAAAGCCAAAAGCACAGAACCAGACUUAAAACGGCACUGGGCUCAAAACUCCGGCAUUCAAUCCCCCUUGCUCACCUCUAAUGGGCGGGUUCCCCCUCCACCAGCUCUCCAUACUUGCCUCCUCCAUCUUUCUCCUGUGGGUCCUCGUCCUCCUGCUAUGCCUCUCUCUACACAGGAAUAGCAGUAGAGAAACGCCGCCCUCCAUUAAAAGUGGCACACGAGGAAGCAGUAAGAUAUCCAUGAAUUCUUCGAAGCUUCGAGUCAUCUGCUGCUCUUUCAUGUCCAUCCUCUAUACUGGUUUAUGGUCGUGGAAGAUAACGAAACGAGAUGAGAAGUAUUCGAUUUGGGUUGAAGCAGAGGAUUUGUUGCAGGCUGUGACCUGGUUGUCCAUGGCGACCUUCGCAAGUUACGUGCGAAACAGGGGUGAGAAUGGUGGAAAGAGGAAGUGGGUGUCUUUCAUGCUCUGUUCAGGGUUUUUCUUCUCAUCAGUCUUUAAUGGUUUUUCGAUUUGCUGGCGUGUUACUGUGUACAUGAGGAAGAAGUCAAAGUUUCCGGGACUUUCGUUGUAUUCUGAGAUUAUUGGUUUUCUCUUCUCUGCAUUGCUCCUCUGCAACUCGGUCUUCGAAGCUCAUGAAGAAGAAAACACAGAAGAAGAAGAGUGUAAGAGGCAAUUGCUCUCAGAAGAUUACCAAGAUGAAGAAGGUGAAGAAACUCCAUCUGAUUUUGACAGGGCCAGCACAUGGGCCAGGCUCAGCUUCACCUGGUUAAAUCCCCUGUUCGAAUCUGGGCGUCGAAAAACUCUCCAAAUGAAAGACACUCCAGCCAUCCCUCGCGAGGACACUGCUGAGGAGGCCUACGCCUCACUGGAACGAUGCCUCAGAAAGCACAAGAGUUGCAAUGGCUCUGUGGAGCGCCUGGGUUCACUCUCAAAAGCCUUGGUGUUUUCCACUUGGAGGCCCUUAGCCCUCAACGCCGCUCUCGCAGGCCUCAACACCCUCUCGUCUUACGCCGGCCCAUUCCUCAUCACCCUCUUCAUCCAACACCUCUCAGAAUCCCCUUCCGAGUCCUUUCGUGGCUAUGCCCUGGCGUUCGCCUUGUUCAUUGCAAAGACAGUGGAAUCAGUGUCACAAAGGCACUGGUAUUUCGGUGCACAGAGGCUGGGGAUACAAGUGAAGGCCGCGCUCAUCGCCAUGAUUUAUAGAAAAGCUCUGCUUGGGGUUCAGGGGAGCAAUGUGAGGAAAGGAGCAACGAUGAUGAACCAGGUGAGCGUCGAUGCAGAGCGGAUUGGGGACUUCGCCUGGUACAUUCACAAUCUAUGGUUAUUGCCGGUUCAGGUGUUUCUGGCUCUCUGCAUCCUCUACUACAACCUGGGACCUGCUGCUUCUCUAACCGCCCUCGCCACCACGCUGGCUAUCAUGGCUGCCAACACACCGCUCGCAACCUUGCAGGAGAAGUACCAGUCUGGAAUCAUGGACGCACGGGACCAGAGGAUCAAGGACACGAAGGAGUCGCUCAACGCCAUGAAGAUACUGAAGCUCCACGCAUGGGAGACCAAAUACCAAGAGAAAAUCCUGCAGUUGAGAAACAUUGAGAGCGGGUGGCUGAGGAGGUAUCUCUAUGCCUGUGCAGUAGUGGCCUUCCUGUUCUGGGCGGCCCCCGCGGUCGUCUCUCUCACUACUUUCGGGGUGUGUCUACUGGUUGGAACUCCAUUGACGACCGGCUCGGUGCUAUCCGCGCUGGCCACAUUCAGGGUUCUUCAGGACCCAAUCUACAAUCUACCAGAGCUGAUCUCCAUGGCCGCUCAGACAAAGAUUUCUCUCAGCAGGAUCUCAGUGCUCCUAUCGGGAGAAGAAGAGAGGUCCGGGACGACAUUGGAGUCAUCAUGGUGCGAAGGGGAAGAGGAGGUGGUGGUGGACAUCAGAGAUGGAGAUUUCUGGUGGGGGCGGCCGCCGCCACCUCGGAACGGAGGAGGAGGAGGAGGGCCUGCGCUGAAAGGGAUAAGUUUGAAGGUGAAGAAGGGGUGGAAAGUGGGGGUAUGUGGAGGGGUGGGAGAGGGGAAGAGCAGUUUACUUCGGUGCAUUUUGGGUGAAAUGUUUGAGAACAAAGAGUCGGUUAGGGUGAGAGAGGGGGUGAGGAGAGGUUAUGUGGGUCAGGAGGCGUGGAUUCAGAAGGGGAGUGUGGAGGAGAACAUAUUGUUUGGGGGGGAGAUGGAGAGAGAGAGGUACGAGAGGGUGGUGAGAGGGUGCGGGUUGUUGAGUUGGGGAGAGUUGGGGGGAGGAGAGUGGGAGUGGGAGUGGGGGGCAGGAGAGCGAGGGGCCAAUUUGAGUGGGGGCCAGAAGCAGAGGGUUCAGAUGGCCAGGGCCGUCUACGCUGACGCCGACUUGUACCUUCUCGAUGAUCCCUUCAGCGCCUUGGAUGCGCACACGGCCGCUCAUCUCUUCAAGGAGUGCGUUUUGGGACUGCUAGCGGAGAAAACUGUUAUCUACGUCACCCAUCAAUUGGACUUCUUGUCUUAUGCAGACCUUGUUUUGGUGAUGAGAGAUGGAAAGAUCGUAGAGGUAGGCAGGUUGGAAGAAUUGGUGAGUAAGGGUGACAGUGGCGAGCUAAACCAACUCAUGCUGGCACACAAUCUCUUUAUACGAGAUAUGGCCGCACCGGUCGACCAAAAUCGCCCCCAUCACCUUCCAAACCAGCUCUUAACGGAUGAAGUGAUUGAAGAGAGAGAAGUAGCAGCAGCAGAAGGAGAAGAGAGUGAAAGAGGGAGUGUGAAAUGGAGAGUGUACAAGGCUUUUGUGACAGCAGCUUAUGGGGGAGCCCUGGUGCCUUUGAUACUAGGCUCUCACGUGAUGUUCCAAUGCCUUCAGAUGGGAGGUAAUUAUUGGAUGGCUUGGUGCACCCGACCAGACGGUGAUGGUGUGGGUGCAACAGCGCCCGUUGCUCGACGGAUGAUGGUGGGGUAUGCGGUGCUAUCUGCUGGGAGCUGCCUGUGCGUGUUGGCACGUGCAUUACUCCUCGCUACGGCUGCAGUUGAGACGGCACAACGUCUCUUCCACAGGAUGCUACACUCUGUCUUUCGAGCCCCACUCUCCUUCUUUCACUCCACGCCCUCGACUUGCAUUCUUUCACGAGCAUCAACGGACCAGAGCACAGUGGACACAGAUAUUCCCUACAGAGUGGCAGGCCUGGCCUUUGCUCUCAUUCAGCUCCUGGCCCUUGUCACUCUUGCUUCGUUCCUUUCUCUCUCUCUCUUCUUCAUCUUCCUCUUAGUCAUUUCACUCUCUGCGUGGUAUCAGGUAUAUUACAUCUCCACUGCUAGAGAGCUAGCAAGAAACGUUGGGUCGAGAAGGGCUCCAAUUCUCCACCACUUGUCUGAGACAAUCUCUGGUGUCACUACCAUCCGAUGCUUUGGGCAGGAGCACCGCUUCCUAACUACUAACUUCCGUCUUAUCGAUAAUUACUCUCGUCUUGCCUUCCACAACUCAGCUGCCAUGGAGUGGCUCUGCCUUCGCAUCAACUUCCUCUUCAACAUGGCCUUCUUUUGUCUCCUCCUUGUCAUACUUCGCUUGCCAACUAAUGUAAUUCAUACAAGCCUUUCUGGUUUGGUAGCAACAUAUGGCCUGAACCUGAACGUGUUACAGGCCUGGAUUAUAUGGAACUUAUGCAAUGUUGAAAACAAGAUGAUCUCUGUAGAAAGAAUUUUUCAAUUCACCAAAUUACCCAGCGAAGCCCCAUUGAUGAUUGAGGAUUCAAGACUGAGUCCAGAUUGGCCUAAAACAGGCACAGUUGAAAUCGAAAAUCUCCAAGUCAAGUACAAGCCACACCUUCCUCUCGUUUUAAGUGGGAUUUCUUGUAAGUUUCCUGGAGGCAAGAAAAUAGGAAUUGUUGGAAGAACAGGGAGUGGAAAAUCUACACUCAUACAGGCCUUGUUUCGUGUAGUCGAACCUUUAGAAGGAAGGAUUCUGAUUGAUGGAGUGGACAUAUCAUCUUUGGGUUUGCAUGAUCUGAGGUCUAGACUCAGUAUCAUUCCACAAGACCCCACUUUGUUUCAAGGGAGCGUGAGAAUCAAUUUGGACCCACUUCAGCAGCACUCUGAUCCUGAAAUUUGGGCAGCUCUUAAGAAGUGUCAAUUGGUGGACGUAAUAAGGCGUGAUCAACGCUUGCUCGAUGCACCUGUUGGUGAAGAUGGAAAUAACUGGAGUUUGGGACAGCGGCAAUUGGUGUGUUUAGCAAGGGCACUAUUGAAAGAGAGCCAAAUUCUUGUGUUGGAUGAGGCGACUGCUUCAGUUGACAGUGUGACUGACAGAACCAUUCAAAAGACCAUUAGAGAAGAGACAUCCAAAUGCACUGUGAUCACGAUAGCCCAUCGGAUACCCACUAUAAUUGACAGUGACCUUGUGCUAGUUCUCCACCAAGGGCACAUUGUGGAGUACGAUUCACCAACGAGUUUACUAGCUAAUGCGUCCUCCGCAUUCUAUCAUCUGGUGAUGGAAUUGUUGAGGAGGUGAACAUGACAUCACCCCUUCGUAUGCUCUCUAAUGAUUCUAGUGACCUAACAUGUUGGCUAUCUGGUUCACAUUCCCUAAGUGAGGCUCGUCAUGUCACAAUUCUAAACAGAAGCUAAGGCACAAGGAAAAAGGUGGAACAGUUUACGCGUGGAAAGCGACACUGUAGAUAAUUGCUCCUCCACUGACAAGUUAAUAACCCUGGUUCUCAUGUCAAUCCUUCACCAUUUUUCUGUUCAUGAGGUGGUUGUAUCAUUCCUGUAUCUCCUUCUAUAACCUUCUUGUUUCAUCUACUAAUCAUUCUGUAAUUGAAUAUAAACUCUUGAGAUUGGCAAUAAAAUACCUUUACUGAAAAUGGUUUCACACUA